AUGAUCUACCAAGAAGAAGUGAGACGUCAACGAGGAUGGGAUGAAGAGCUUAGCUCACAGAAUUCCGUAAAAUGGAAUGCAUGGCUCAGUGAACUAAGGGAAUUGGAAGGCUUCUAUGUCAACAGGUGCAUAGUGCCUAUGAAUCUUGGAAAAAUCGGCAGUGAUACAAGAUGUGUCGGGCAUCACUCACUGCGCUCUCAUGUUGGCAAAACAAGACUGGCUCCAAUAAAGACAACCACCAUCCCCAGACUGGAGUUGUCAGCAGCAGUCCUGGCAGCCACAUCAGAUGCAAAAAUUUCGGAAGGAGCUCUCUUUGCCUAUUGA